UUCCUGAGGAAAUUAAAAAGGUGUGCUCACAUUCAUUCGUUCAUAGUUUCACACGCUUACGCAAACACAAGAUCGAUCGAAUUAAAUUGGGAUCGAGCCAUAGAGAGAGAUAUGAGCAGCAGCAUGGUGGAGGUUGUGAGGUCGGAAUUGGUAGUCCCGAAUGAGGAGACGCCGAAGCACAGGAUCUGGCUGUCGAACCUCGACCUGGCGGCGAGGAGAGGCUACACGCCGACGGUCUACUUCUACCGCCCGAACGGCGACCCGGACUUCUUCUCCGCCGAGGCGCUGAAGGCCGCGCUGUCCAAGGUCCUCGUCCCCUUCUACCCCUUCGCGGGCCGCCUCGCGGAAGAUCGCGAAAACGACGGCGACGGCCGCAUCGAGAUCGACUGCAGCGCGGAGGGCGCCCUCUUCGUCACCGCCCGCUCCGACCGCUACACCCUCGACGACCUCAGCGACUUCGCGCCGUCCGAGGAGAUGCGGAACCUGUUCGUGCCGCCCGCCGGCGACCCCCGCGUGCUGCUGAUGCUGCAGCUGACUUACCUGCGCUGCGGCGGGGUGGUGCUGGGGACGGCCAUGCACCACGCCGUCGUCGACGCCCGCAGCGCCUGCCACUUCAUGGAGACGUGGGCCGCCCUCGCCCGCGGAUCCCCCGACCCCAUCGUCCCGCCGUUCCUCGACCGCACCCUGCUCAGGGCGCGGUCGCCUCCCUCCGUCGCCUACGACCACGUCGAGUACAAGCCCGACCGGACCGCGAGGCCGCCCGGCGCGGCAUCCGACUACGCCGCCGCCAUCCUCACCCUCUCGAAGCGGCAGGUCGACGGGCUCAAGGCGCGCUGCGGGCCCGCGGGCGCGUCGGCGUUCCGGGCGAUCGUGGCGCACGUGUGGCGGUGCGCGUGCGCGGCGCGGGGGCUGGCCCCGGACGAGGAGACGAGGCUGUACACGAUGAUCGACAUGCGCAGCCGGCUGGUGCCCCCGCUCCCGCCGAGCUACUUCGGCAACGCCGUCAUCCGCACGUCGGUGGUCGCGAGGGUCGAGGAGGUGGGCGGCGGCGCCUCGCUGGCGUGCGUGGCGCGGCGCAUCCGCGGGGCGACGAGUCAGGGGGACGAGUACGCGCGGUCGCUGAUCGACUGCCUGGAGUCGACGGACAUGAUGAAGCUGCCGAGGAGCGGCGUGUCGCGGUCGAGCCUGCGGGUCAUCAGCUGGCUGGGGAUGUCGAUGUACGACGCGGACUUCGGGUGGGGGGAACCGACCUUCAUGGGCCCGGCGCUCAUGUACUACAGCGGAUUCGUCUACCUCAUGAACAGCCCCCGCAAGGACGACGGCAGCGUUGCCGUCAUCGUCUCGCUCGAGCCCGACACCCUGCCCGCCUUCAAGAAGAUCUUCUUCCAGGACCUGCACGGAUCGCCUGCGCCCGCCGAUCAUCCCUGUGAAUUGCAUUGAAUGAAUUGAAUUGAAUUGAAUUAACCAACCAGUAAUUAGUACAUAUAUAUAUAUAUAUAACGUACUACAUUGGUACCCUCUUCUACAAUUUUACCACUAGUACGUAGCUUGCUUGCUAGCCAGUGUACGUGAUAUGCAUGCACGGCGCCAUGCAACAUGCAACUAUAUAUACAUGAGAGGUUUUUUGUUUUAA